AUGGCGCGAUGUUACAUUUUGGCUUCUGUGCCAAAUGUUUUGCAACAUCAGCAUCAGACGAUGGACACAGCUUUUGACAUGCUCGAAAAUCUCAAGGAGAUGUUUGGAGAUCAAACUAGUGCAGCAAGGCAAAACGCACUGAGGGAGAUUCUUACUUCCAAAAUGGAGGAGGGGACCCCAGUUAGAACUCAUGUCUUGAAGAUGAUGAGUCUUCUGAAUAACAUGGAGGUUCUUGGUGCUGAGGUUGACAAUGCUACACAGAUAGAAAUGAUCUUGAACACUUUGCCAGCCAGUUUUCAGCAGUUUCGUUUGAUUUGA